AUGGUUCCAGCGUCCCCCUUCAGCAGCGUCCCCCUUCACGCAGCGUCCCCCUUUAGCGUCCCCCUUCACGCAGCGUCCCCCUUCACGCACUGGCGUCCCCCUUCACGCAGCGUCCCCCUUCACGCAGCGUCCCCCUUCAGCGUCCCCCUUACGCAGCGUCCCCCUUACACAGCGUCCCCCUUCACUGCAGCGUCCCCCUUCACAGCGUCCCCCUUUUCACGCAGCGUCCCCCUUACAGCGUCCCCCUUCACGCAGCGUCCCCCUUCACGCAGCGUCCCCCUUCACGCAGCGUCCCCCUUCACGCAGCGUCCCCCUUCACGCAGCGUCCCCCUUCACGCAGCGUCCCCCUUCACGCAGUCCCCCUUUACGCAGCGUCCCCCUUCACGCAGCGUCCCCCUUCACGCAGCGUCCCCCUUCCCCAGCGUCCCCCUUCACGCAGCGUCCCCCUUCACGCAGCGUCCCCCUUCACGCAGCGUCCCCCUUCACGCAGCGUCCCCUUCACACAGCGUCCCCCUUCAGCGUCCCCCUUUAGCGUCCCCCUUUACUGAGCGUCCCCCUUCACGCAGCGUCCCCCUUCACACAGCGUCCCCCUUCACACAGCGUCCCCCUUCACACAGCGUCCCCCUUCACAGCGUCCCCCUUUACACAGCGUCCCCCUUCACGCAGCGUCCCCCUUCACGCAGCGUCCCCCUUCACGCAGCGUCCCCCUUCAGCGUCCCCUUUACGCAGCGUCCCCCCGCAGCGUCCCCCUUCACGCAGCGUCCCCCUUACUCAGCGUCCCCCUUCACACAGCGUCCCCCUUCACACAGCGUCCCCCUUCACACAGCGUCCCCCUUUACACAGCGUCCCCCUUCACACAGCGUCCCCCUUCCCGCAGCGUCCCCCUUUACACAGCGUCCCCCUUCACGCAGCGUCCCCCUUACGCAGCGUCCCCCUUCACAGCGUCCCCCUUCACGCAGCGUCCCCUUCACGCAGCGUCCCCCUUCACGCAGCGUCCCCCUUCACGCAGCGUCCCCCUUCACGCAGCGUCCCCCUUCACGCAGCGUCCCCCACGCAGCGUCCCCCCCAGCGUCCCCCUUUACGCAGCGUCCCCCUUCACGCAGCGUCGGCCCCUUCACGCAGCGUCCCCCUUCACGCAGCGUCCCCCUUCACGCAGCGUCCCCCUUCACGCAGCGUCCCCUUCACGCAGCGUCCCCCUUCACGCAGCGUCCCCCUUCACGCAGCGUCCCCCUUUACUCAGCGUCCCCCUUCACGCAGCGUCCCCCUUCACACAGCGUCCCCCUUCACGCAGCGUCCCCCUUCACGCAGCCGUCCCCCUUGACUCAGCGUCCCCUUUACGCAGCGUCCCCCUUGACACAGCGUCCCCCUUUACGCAGCGUCCCCCUCAGCGUCCCCCUUUACGCAGCGUCCCCCUUGACUCAGCGUCCCCCUUUACUCAGCGUCUUUACUCAGCCCCCUUUACGCAGCGUCCCCCUUUACUCAGCGUCCCCCUUUACGCAGCGUCCCCCUUCACGCAGCGUCCCCCUUCACGCAGCGUCCCCCUUCAGCGUCCCCCUCACGCAGCGUCCCCCUUCACGCAGCGCGUCCCCCUUCACGCCAGCGUCCCCCUUCACGCAGCGUCCCCCUUACGCAGCGUCCCCCUUUACGCAGCGUCCCCCUUUACGCAGCGUCCCCCUUCACGCAGCGUCCCCCUUCACGCAGUCCCCCUUCAGCGUCCCCCUUUACUCAGUCCCCCUUCACGCAGCGUCCCCCUUCACGCAGCGUCCCCUUCACGCAGCGUCCCCUUCACGCAGCGUCCCCCCUUCACGCAGCGUCCCCCUUCACGCAGCGUCCCCCUUCACACAGCGUCCCCCCUUUCACGCAGCGUCCCCCUUUACGCAGCGUCCCCCUUGA